CAGUACAAUAUUAUGCCAUCAGUUCUUUCCCAGCACCGGUAUCGAACGCACGCGGUCAAUCAGCAUUAAUAUUUAGUUGUUGUUAAUCAUCUGCACUGCAAAAUGUUGGGAGUUACUUUGACUCUCGCUGGCCUAUUCUCUGUUGUUGUUGCUCAAGUCCCCGGUUUCGAGGGUUGUCCGGAUGUUGAGACCAUUUCGACAUUCGAUGUAGAAAAUUACAUGGGGAAAUGGUACGAGCAAUACAGAUACUUCAUGAUUAUUGAAGCUGGCGGGAAAUGCGCCACUGCUAAUUACACCCUAAAUAAUGACGGAACAAUCAAGAUGGUCAACGCGCUAGUGAAUUCGCUAUUAGGAUUUCCGAGUCAGAUCGAAGGAAGCGCUAGGAUCGUGGACCCCAAAGAUCCAGGAAAAUUAGCAGUUAAAUUUCCAAUAUCUCCAUUCGAGAGCAGCUAUUGGAUUUUGGAUACUGAUUACGACUCGUACGCAGCCGUUUGGAGUUGUCAGAGUUUACUUGUUGCCAACACCCAAUUAGCUUGGAUUAAGACGAGAGAGCAAAAUCCUUCACAGGAUGUUAUUGACAAGGCUAUGGAUGCCUUCAAAAGAAAUGGCCUCAACGUUGAUCACCUCCUGAAGACCGACCAAAUAAACUGUUAAUCAGCACUAGCGCCCACAAAAAAAUGUUUCUUAAAUUUCCGCACGCUCUGUACCCGCAAUUAAAUAAAUACUAAUUGACAUUCUGUCAUUCGCCUGAA